AAUGAGGAGGAUUCGGAGGUUCCCAUGGACAGUGUUGAGAUGCCUCACUUCCGUCAGCGCUCCUUCCUGCCGACCCAACCGGUUCGCCGCACGCCGAUACUUCACAACUUCCUCCACAUUUUGUCAUCUCGCUCCCCUGGGGCUCAGGUGGGAGGCGAGCAGCCGCGCCCUCUAGGUGACAAUGGGAGCAAUGUUGCAGAAUCACCCAGCAUGCCUCUGCCCCAGUACCCCAGCCCUGAACGCGGGCCACCUUUCCCUGGAUGCACUCAGCACCUGGGCAUGGUUUGUCUGUGUAGUCGCUGCUCAGUCAAUCGGAACCCUUCCCUGCCUGCCAACGGGUCCUCUAUGACCCCCUCUGAUCCCCGGGUAUCGUCUGAUGCCCCCCAGCCUCCCCCUGCUUCCACUUUCUCUUCAGCUCGCACAGAGCCCAGACAACCCACUGAACGACCCUCAGCCUUUACAUCAGUCUACUACAGCGCCGGCACUUCUCUUAAUCCCACUGCACCGAGCAGCAUGGAGCCACACUCCACCUCCAGACCAGGACCUGACUGGACACGCAACCUGCUCAGCAUGAGGGAGGGAGGGGUUGGUCCAGGUAUGCUGCCCCCCAGAACCUCUUCGUCCUCCAUCAGCCUUCUGUCAGUGCUCCGUCAGCAAGACGGUUCCUCUCACUCCCCCGUGUACACGUCUGCCACUGAGGGACGGGGUUUCCCCCAACAAGGAGACCCAGGGGCCCGAGAUGCUGCAGGUACAAGCAGCGGUCACCACCCAUUCUGGGAUGGUUCUCGCAGCAACACGGCCUCUUUCCGCAAUGUGCUGCAGUGCAACUUGAGCCGCUACUUCAUGGAGUUUGACCGUAUGCAGGACCUGGAGCCUCCAUUAGGGGGCACCAUGACAGAUGGAAGCCAGGAGCAGAGCCAAGAGCUGCUGAAUAAUAACAUGGACCCAGAAAGAGCAGGGCCUUCCUCCUCUUCCUCCUCCACCCCUACCAUCAUCCACUACCAGCCUCCUCUCCCUCCCCCCCCUGCCUCCCACAACCUGGACAACAGUGUUACUCCCCCGGCCUCCCGCGGCCAUCUGAACCGCUGCCGGGCCUGCCACAACCUACUGACCUUCAACCAUGACUCUCAGCGCUGGGAGCGCACCAGCCAGGCUUCCUCCACUUCUGCCUCGUCUCUGGAGCCCUCCUCUUCCUCCUCCUCCUUCCCUGCCUCUUCAGCCCCAUGGCACCCUGAGGAGAGCAGGAGGACACUAGAAGCCCAAACCCAAGAGAGGAGGGCGCCUCCAGAGCCCAAUGAGCAUCCGCCACCCCCUGGAGGUGGAGGAGCAGGAACAGUGGCCUUCCCAAUAGCCCCAUCUUCCAGCCAGCCUGGAGAGCAGACGGUGGGACUGGUGUACAACCAGGACACAGCGCAGUGGGAAAGGGUUUACCGGCAGGCGGCUGCUGGACGAUCGGCAGAGCCACCGGAGGCCUUAAGCCAAGAAAUGCCUGUUGACCCCCCAGAUGAGGACUCCCUGAGGAGGCGACUUUUGGAAUCCUCUCUAUUAUCGUUAUCUCGCUAUGACAUGUCAGGAUCAAGAGACCACCCUAUUUACCCCGAUCCAGCCAGACUUUCUCCAGCUGCUUACUACGCCCAGAGGAUGAUCCAGUAUCUCUCCAGACGAGACAGUAUUCGCCAGCGCUCGCUUCGUUACCAGCAGAACCGCCUGCGGGCCAUGUCGUCCUCUUCAGACAGCCCUGCCAGCAACCCUUCCAGCUCCAUGGACAACAGUGACAUGGACUUUGAGGAGCUGGAUGAUAAUGGGGACAGAGCGAGACACAGGACGCCACGUAAUGCGAGGAUGUCUGCGCCUUCACUGGGUCGCUUUGUUCCUCGGCGUUUCCUCCUCCCUGAGUAUCUGCCCUAUGCUGGGAUCUUCCACGAGAGAGGGCAGCCCGGUCUGGCCACACACUCGUCCGUCAACAGAGUACUCGCAGGAGCAUCGAUCGGUGACGGACAGUCUGCGGUCGCCAGCAACAUCGCAAACACCACCUACCGUCUGCAGUGGUGGGACUUCACCAAGUUUGACCUGCCGGAGAUCAGCAACGGUACGAUGACACUCACCUGCAUCAUUCACCGAGUCUGA